UUAUUACAACUCGGAAGAUCUUUUUUUUAUUCAGAUGAUCAUUACAUGGCAACAUCAGAAAGAUUUAAGCAAGUCGAAUUGCUUGCACAGAAAGCUAUCGAAGUUAUUGAUAAAUUAAAAGAGACAGGUUUAAAUUAUAGGAUAUGAGUUUCUCUUCAUAUUUAUAUUGAAAUUAUUAAUCGAAAUAUUAUCAUUUGUAACAUAUUAGGUGAUAUUAUGAAAAGAAUAGAAUAUUAUAAGGAAACUCAACUUCAUGAUGAAGGAAAAAGAAGAAUUGGUGAAGAAGUAAAUUCACAAGAAAGCAAGCGAAGAAAACAAGGUGACGAUAGAAGAUUUGUAUAUGGAGGAGAAAAAUUAAAAACAAAUACGUUAGAAGAACAAGAUAGACUCUGUGAAGGACAAAAAAGACGGGAACAGCUAAAGCCACAUGAGGAAAAGAAAUUACGUGAUGAGCUUGAAAAAGAACUAGUGCGAAAAAAUUGGCAAGAAUUAGAGAAACAAAUGAAAUCACAGGUGAACAUAGUUCCGUCGUCUAAAAGGCUUGAUCAUUCUUCUAUGCCAGCACCUCCGCAAUUCAAUGAUAUUCGGCCGAGAAAGAAAACUGGUGGUGAAGCAGAAUUCAUGAAUUUACUGGCAGAACCUUUACAUGAAUUGAUCACGACUCAACUUGUAUAUGAUUCGUACAAGAACUUUACUCCAUUUCAUUUAAGUCAAACAGUUGGUAAAUGUACCGUUAAUAAAAUAUUUAGACUUAAUAAUUCUGAAAGAGAAGAGUAUUGUAAACAAUUAUAUCGCCAGUAUAUCAAUACUAAUAUGAAAAGUACAACUAGUGUUCUCGAGAGUUGGAUCAAAACUAGGAUCUCAGAAAUUGCGAGACCUUAUCUCUCUGGUAAAAAACGAUAAAGAUAUAACAAAGAAUUGGAGUAUCAUUGAAUAUAAUAAAAUGGCUUGAAUUUUAGAUAAAUAAUUUUAUUGAUUUUUACAUACGUUGAUGAACUAAAUCAUUAUUGUGUUUACAAUAACGGGAACGAUUUAACGAAAACAUCAAACUUUUUUUCCCUUUAUUUUUUAUUAUUUUAAGGAUGAUGUGAAGCGAGCUUGAUAUGAAAUUAACAAUGAGAUAUUUCCUUUUUUCGACAUGUAAAUAUUUUCUUUUUCUAUUUAAAUAUUUAAAUUAAAAGAUUAAAAAUUAAAUU